AUGCCUUCUGUUUGCGGCCGAAAGUUCCGGCUGAGUGGUCGGAGCUCGGAUCAAGUGGACGGUGUCGCCGGACUAUUGGUUAUCUUCGCGGCAUUCAGCGUGUAUCACCUGGUCAGCAUGAUGACGCGAUGCGCCGGUACCCUCUACUCCAGCUGGCAAAUUGAAUUUGAUUCUAGCGCCUCUCAAACCGGAGCGAUUGCAAGCACCAUGUCUUCCUGCUCCUAUUUUGCCUGUUUGGGGGUUUCCCUGUGUUUUGUAGCGGCCACCGUGGCUGUCGCGCAGUAUUACAAGAAGUACUACGCUAUUGCCAUCGGUUUCACAAGUGCUGGACUGGGAUUGGGCAUUGUCGUGUUCCCACCCCUGAUUAGCCUGCUUCUUGAUACGUACGGAUGGAGAGGAACCAUGCUGAUCACGGCUGCAAUGUGUUCAAAUAUAUGUGUAGCUGGUGCCCUCUAUCGUCGGCCUCAAACAGAAACGAAGAGCAGACUCCAAAAACCUGAACUAGACGACUACCUGACCAACGACAAAAGUUCAGAGAUUCAACGACUUCCUGAGCCAAAUCAGCAAGAUGUCCGACCCAGCAGAAAUAAGAAAGGAGGGUCUGUGUUGACUUUCCUUUCAAAUUUGCUCUCGGAAUUGCGGCUGUAUUUGCUGCUCAAAAGUUAUCGUUUCACUCUCUUUUGUAUGGUGAACUUGCAAACUAACUUUGUGUAUUCGUGCUUUCUGAUAUUCCUGAUCCCUUUAGCCCAGGCAUGUGGUAUUGAUGAGCAGGAGGCUCCUUUUCUGCUCAGUUUGAUGGGCUUUGGGAGUCUUGGCGCACGAUUUGUAAGCGGCUUUUUCGUCACUCGCAAGAUUCCUGUCGAGGUGGGCUUCACAGUGUCGCUCGUACUGUUUGGUCUUGGUGCCUGCUGUGCUCAAGCCGAAACUUACGCAUCUUUGGCUGCUUCAGCGUGUCUUGUCGGCUUCGGGACCGGUGCCAACAAAACACUGAACACCGUGCUGCUUCGGAAGAUUGUCGGUUUGUCCAACAUGGCAUCGGGAAUGGGUAUAUUGUACGCAGUGGGUGGAUUUGGAGACCUCGUCGGCCCAAUUUUAGCAGGUUUACUGUAUGACAAGACAGGGAGCCCUAGUGUUGUGUUCUAUGUCGUAGCCGGUAUUUGUGCCGCCUCUGCAGUACAGAUGUUGCUCUUCCCACUGCUUGGCAGGAUGGAGCCGGGCCUCCCCGACAACGAAAAUCAGCCAGUACCGGUUUAGGCAAAGACGCCGUAGAUUGCAAGGGCGUUUUUUUCCUCCUAAAAGACCCUGUCAGUGACCCAAGAGAAAAACAGUCUUGUCUGACAAAAAUUGCCUUGUGAUCCUCCGAAGUGCUGUUUCUAGGCUGUGAACGUUAUUUCUGUUUUUACUGUGGUAACGCUGAAAUGAUAUAACAUCUUCGUUUUUACGAAAUAUUCUGUAUCUUUCCAUCAAACAUCAAUAUCGCUUUACGACCUUACACAUUUGUGGGUGUGGUGUCGAUUUCGGUUUUGUUUAUGUUUUUCGCCUUUCAGUAGGAAAUCUCAUUCUGUACUGUAUUAGUGUACUCAAAGGCUGAAUAAGAUUUGUGAAUUAUUUUGGAAUAACGUGAAAAGUUUUGAAGGUGUUAGCGCAAGCAAAGUCAUUCUCCACCUAAACUUAGCAAUUUUAAACCACAAUAAUCUGUUUAUUUCCGUUUGACUUCAUUAAGAGAUUCACCCUUUUUUUCAGAGCGAAUAAACAGUGCACUGAAGGAAAUGUUUGCAAACCGGUUUAAUACGCGGUAAAGUUCGAUGAUAAAAUGUAUGUAUACUUUGUCUUCUUCAGUGAACCUUC